AUGCUCGUUGCCACUCCUUUCGAUGAUGCCGACGUCUGGACCACUGGCUUCGCCGCUCGCCUCUGGCAACCACGGAACUCCACUCGCGCGUCCUAUUCACGUCGCUUGGAGAACUUCAAACUUACGGAUCUCGUGCAUAGAUGAAGAUGUGACCUUGACACUAGUGACGACGACAGCUUCGACGCCUUCCACUUCAACAAGCCGCUCUCCACUACAGCCAACAACAGUUUCCAGGCGCAGAAGUCCAUCAAGAAGCCGACGAGUUGGACCGCGCUUGGGCCACUUUUCGCCGCCUCCAACUACCGGAACUUCUUCCUAUUCCUACGAAUCUGGUCUUGCACCUUUUCCACCACGUCCACGAAGCGCCACUCUUGUCUUACCGGUUGGUAUUGA